CUUUAACAUCAGCCAUGUCUGUUGUGGAAACUGCGGGUCAGAUGGAUGUCCGUCGGUUCGGAUCACAGGGCGGAUCCGUGUCACAGUAGGACCCUCCGCGUGACCACAGCGGGUCUCUUCGGGGAUUUUCACGGGCUGUGCGGUUUCACCUCUCCUCUUUGCGGGAAGAGCGCGAUGCUCCCAUCGAGGCGCUGAAAAUGAACUGACGGUGCGUUUUUUUGCUGACCAUCAUCAUCAUCAUCACCACCAUCAUCACACCGAAGGGUGUUUCCUCCAGCAACCUGUCAAACAAUAACACCGAGGCUUCGAUGUGACCCGUUCCCGCCGCGAGGACCGGACCAGCUCCUUCCAGAUGAUCUCGGGGAAACAUUUCAAAGCUCACGAGGUGAGCUGCUGCAUCAAGUACUUCAUCUUCGGAUUCAACAUUAUCUUCUGGUUCCUCGGAGUGGCGUUCCUUGGCAUUGGAUUGUGGGCAUGGAGUGAAAAGGGUGUUCUUUCUAACAUCUCGUCUAUUACUGAUCUGGGGGGCUUUGACCCUGUCUGGCUCUUCCUGGUGGUGGGGGGUGUCAUGUUCAUCCUCGGUUUUGCCGGUUGUAUCGGAGCGUUGCGGGAGAACUCAUUUCUGCUCAAGUUUUUUUCUGUGUUUUUGGGUAUCAUCUUCUUUCUGGAGCUGACUGCAGGAGUCCUGGCUUUCGUUUUCAAAGACUGGAUCAAGGAUCAGCUAAACUUUUUCAUCAAUAACAACAUCCGAGCCUACAGAGACGACAUCGAUUUGCAAAACCUUAUUGAUUUCACCCAGGAAUACUGGGAGUGCUGUGGGGCUUUCGGAGCGGAUGACUGGAAUUUGAACAUCUACUUUAACUGCACCGAUUCCAACCCAAGUCGUGAGAAAUGCGGAGUGCCGUUUUCCUGCUGCACCAAAGAUCCAGCGGAGGACGUCAUUAACACCCAGUGUGGAUACGACAUCCGUGCAAAAACGGACUCUGAGCAGAGGACCUUCAUUUACAUCAAAGGCUGCGUCCCCCAGUUUGAGAAAUGGCUUCAGGACAACCUGACUGUGGUGGCAGGCAUCUUUAUUGGAAUAGCAUUACUACAGAUCUUCGGCAUAUGUUUGGCUCAGAAUCUUGUCAGCGACAUUGAGGCUGUGAGAGAGAGUUGUUUGUAUACCUAAGACCUUCGCAAACUUUCGGUCGGCAAAGUGGAUGUAACAGAACUUUCUGCAGUCUGGAUGUCAACAAGGCAAAAAAAGAAACUUAAACCAUAUGUAUAUAUAGAGAGCGUAAAUAUGAACUUAUAGAGAUUUUCCUCAAGAAGUGCAACCUCUGAACAUGUAGUGUAGCUCUGAUACAGUAUCAACAAAUGCAGUCCAGUUCGUCACAGCUCCGAUGGAGACAGCUGUGUGGAGGACCUCAGCUGGGAAAUGACUGUGUGCGUUUGCGAAAUGAAGGCGUUGUGCUUCGUCCAUGACAUGGGUGUUAGCUUUAUAAGUUUCCACAGCUGCACUUUAAACAGCUGCAUGAAAGGAUUGUGUCCAAACACACAGAAAAUUCUGGAAAUGCACUGCACGCCUCUGUCUGCUGACCAGACACGGGCUCACACAGAAGAAUUUCAUGAAGCAUUUCACUGCUUUUGUUCAAUGUUUUCAAGUGAACUGACUGAUAAGCACUUUGUUGGCUGCUUAAAUAUGCUUUCCCUAAAGCUAGGAACUAUUCAGUUUAGAUUUGGUCACACGCAGAUCUUAGUUUGUUUAUAGGAACUUGGAAAAAAAAAGUAAAAUUUAAAGGACGGUCUGUCAGAAACAAUAAAAAAAACUCAAAUACACUGAUGUUGCAUGUACAGAAAUUACCAACUUAAGCACUUUAAUCCAAAACGAGUGAUCGACUUUCAUUCAUCUUUGCUCAUAACUGACUAUUUUAGUUAGUCAGGAACUGUUUUGAAGGUAAAAGUAGAAUAUUACACCUAAUUAUUUAUCAUAAAAAAGCAGCUCUGUAAAAAAAAAUCUGGUGCCAUGCCUUAUACAUGAUAUCUCUAACUUUUACUUUUUUAUCCGCUUUCAAAAUGCAAGUCGUCACUGGAUACAAGUGAUUUUCAACAGCAUGUCGACUGCUCUGAAUGACACUGAAGUGAGUGUACAGUUAAUGUAAAGCCUUCUUACAUGCAGUACUUGAAAGCAGAGCGCACAGCCUCUGCCACCAGCAGCUUUUGUUGAUGCAAACAACCAUAAAGCUUUUUCCUCGUCUGUUUACCUCACCAGUCGGUGUAUGUACCGGUUUCUCAUGGUAAAAUCACAGCCGGUUUCGCAGAACUUUUUUUUUUUCUUUCUUAUAUUGAACACUUUAGAAUUGUGGCCGAUUGUGUAAGAUGUUCUCUUUCAGUAACAGAUUCAUAUGAUUGUGUUUACUUAUUACACUCCUUAUCUCCACCUAGUGCCAAGUUUGUGAUUUCCUACAUAUUAUUAUUAUUAUUCUAAGUACUUUUUUGUAUUAUGUGCUUGCUAUUCCUGUAAAGAACUGGAUGGAGAUGUAAAUAUACAGACUCUGAAUAAAUAUAGUGGUUUGUA